CUUACAGAAAGCAAAACAAGUUGGGAGAAAAUGAGCGUUUGUCUUAAUUUAUUGAUUUAUCUUCUAUACACAGAGCAAUGCUCAGAAUGAGCUGUUUUUUUUUCACAAGCUUGCAAAAUGUAAAACGGUAGAUAAAAGAGCCUUAAUACAAAACUUGCGUGUUGUUUCAGAAAUGUCCACGGGUUGACGUAAUGUUCUGGAUAAAUGAGUAACAUAAAUACACAGCAGCCUUUUGGUUUCAGAUUCAAAACUGCUCCUGAAGAGAAAAGCGAACCGUGAUGAAGAAGAAGCUUUUCUACACGUUUCCCUGAGGCGACUGAGUCCUCCGGAGGAGACGAGCGGCCGACGCCUUCAGCAGAAGAAGAGGGGCAUCCAGAGGAAGGACCGCAUGGCUGCCCCCGCCGCCACGCCCGCCAGUAAUCCCAGCGCGACGCUCUCGGCGACUCCAUCAAACGGAUCCCUCUGGACGAUCACCUGCUGUGCAGCAAUGGAUUCCUCUGAUGAAGAGGAGGAGCGCACCUUCGUCCGGGUCCUCGGUGAGAAGUACAACCCGGAGAAUUUCCCCUACGGCCAAGGUGUGGUGGUUCUGCCCAGCCCUCCAGGAUCUCCUGUUAAAGACCGACUGUUCUUGCCCAGCGUUCUGGUUCUGAAUGACUGCGGGAUCAGCAAAGCUGGCGACAGGUCCGACAUCGAAGCAUUCUGUGCUCAUGUCCUGGAGCUGGACCUGGCCUACAAUCAGCUCAAUGACUGGGAAGAGAUCAGCACCAUCGUCUCCAGCAUCCCUCACCUGGACUUCCUCAACCUGAGCAUGAACCCGCUGAGCGGCGUGCAGCUGCAGCCCAGCAUGGCCGACGUCUUCUCCAGGGUGCGACGACUCGUCCUCAUCAACACGCAAGUCAGCUGGGACACGGUGCACACUCUCACGCAGCACACGCCAGAGCUGAAGGAGCUCUUCCUCUGCCUGAACGGGUACGACUCCGUGUCCGAGUCGCAGGCUUCUUGUCCUUCGCUGAGCCUUCUGCAGAUCACCGGCAACCAGCUGCAGGACUGGGCCGAGGUCAGGAAGUUUGGCCGGCUGUACCCCAGUCUGAGCACCCUGGUGCUGGCCAACAACAGCGUCAGCUCUGUGGGCGACACCAAGGAAACACUGGAGGAUCUGUUCCCCAACCUGCGCAGCAUCAACCUCAACAACUCAGGUCUCAGCCAGUGGGAGGACAUCGAAAGGCUGAACUUCUUCCCUAAACUGGAGGACGUCAAAGCUCAGGGGAUUCCUUUGCUGCAGUCGUACAGCACCCAGGAGAGACGCAGCCUCCUUUUAGCACAGUUGCCAUCUGUGAUGGUUUUAAAUGGGAGUGCCAUUUCUGAUGGAGAGAGGGAGGACGCAGAGCGGUUCUUCAUCCGAUACUACCAGGACUGUCCUGAGCUGGAGCUUCCUCAGAGGUACCACGCCCUCGUGUCCAAAUACGGCCCCCUUGCCCCGCUGGCCGAGGUGGACCUCAGCCCGCGCGGCACCGUGGUGGAGGUCCGCUGGGGGGACCGGGUGGAGCCGGUCACCCUCCGCCUGGAGCAGACGGUGGGCGACCUGAAGAAGCAGCUGAAGGCUCUGCUGCAGCUGCCCUCCAAUGGCAUCCGCCUCUUCCACAUCGACAAAGAGAUGAGCUCCGUGUUCGGACCCGAGGAGCUGAAGUGCGGCUUCCGGGCGCUUCACUCCUACAGCAUCCAAGAUGGCGACGAGAUCCUGGUGGUGCCCAAAGAGAAAAACCGCUGCAGGUCCUCUGAUUUUUGAGGAAGGACGCUGUCGUGCUACGGAUGAGAAAUUAAAAACAAACAGAGACAAAGCUUUUAUUUGAUAAGAAAGACUUCUCCCAGUGCUGAAUGCAAGGAAGUUUAGAAAAAUAACGCAGCAUUAAAUUUGCACAUUCAAGCUUUUGACCCAAAACAGCUUUAAAGGAAUUUAGUAAAGUUUAAAAUUGAGCUGUUGUUUUUGUUUUUCUGGUGUCAGGUGGGUCUACGCUUACGACCUUUACUUUAACUAAACAUGAAAUUUGGGCCAUAAAAUCGUCAAAUGUUGGUGCCAAAGACGAGACAAACUAUGAAAAACGUAUCCAGGGUUUCCCUGAAAAAACCAGGAGUUCUAGAGCUGGUAAAAAUGUUAAAAGUUGACAAGAAAUAAUAAUUACGUGUAAUUGGAAGACAUUGCUGACAACACCUAAACACAAUUAUAGGCUUUAAAAAGGGCAAAAAUACAAACCAAGUUUAAUUAUUUAUGCUUAAAUCCUACUGAAGUAAUUAGUCAGUGAAUUUUAAAACAACUUUCACAUUUAAAGGUUGAAAAAUAUUACCUGAAAUAGACAACAGCUGGGUUUCUAUUGACCUGCACCGUUUGACAUCUGGAAAAUAAUUUGGUUUAAUGGAAAUGCGCUAGUUAUCGUUUUUCCAUGAAAAAGCUUUGCUGUUAGGAUGAUAUGUUUUUUGUUUUUUUGGCCGUAUCAAAAUGAGUUUAUUUCACAAAACUGCAAUGGAAACAUUUUUUUUACAGUAAUAGGAGGAUAACAUGUUUUUUAAGGACUUACCAUGUGAACAAACUUAUGUGUCUUAUUUAAUGGAAACGCCGCAAAUGAGAAAUAGUUUUUUAUCUGACAUUAGUGGAAUAUUGACAAAAUUUUGUGCACAUUUGUAAUGGAGAUGUAGUUAAUUAUGUAGUAAUUCAUGCAGAAGAAGCCCAAACCAACUAUAGAGUAUUUAUAUUGAAUCAUUCGUCAACAUGCUUUUUUGUAGUGAUAAAAUAUUGGAUCAAUAUUUAAAUUUUCUAAUAACUUGAGCAUAAAUUUCUCCUUUCUCCCUUUAGAAUGACGGAUUAUCUGCAAAUUUAGUGAAAUAUCUGUUUACCUGUUCAAAACGGAGGAGAAUAUUGUUUAAAAAAAAACAAACAACUAACUUUGACCAUUUCCUCCAGGAUCCAACUUGUAAAUAAAUGCCCUAAAAAUCCAUCAGAGAGUUUUUAGUCAGAUAGAUCCAUCUCGCAUCAGAAAAAUAUAUAAAUAUAAGUUAAAAAUGUAGAUUGGGACGCAUGAAUUGACAGCAACCUCAUGGGUUUCUGGGCUUAAAAUCAAGAUUUAGCCCAGUUUGUAGUGAGGAACAAAAAGUAUUCUAGUUCAGUUAUUAUGCAAAAGUUUGUUUAAAAAACAAAUUUUCUGAAAAUCAGCUGAAUGCACAUGUUAUAAUAAAGAAACCACUGCAGGUUAUCAGGGAUUAGAUCCAAGGCAGAACUUUAGCAGAGGUUUAAUCAUUUAAAUUAAUGUACAAAUACUAAAAUAUAAGGUAGAGUUUAAAAAUAUUCACGAUGCAGCUGCAGUUCUCCUUGUUCUUUUUCUGAUUGGGAAAAAGUUUAGGAGCAAACAUAAAGUGAGGAGUGAACUUUAUCCUGCAGCUGGGACUGCAGUCAGCUGAAUCCAGAAUGUUUAGGUGUUAGCAUGCACAGAAAGAUUUAUUUUCCGUUUGUUUUUUUUGUUUUUUUUAAGUGCGUCAGCCAUGAGAAAGCUCCGUUUGUCUGAGUUCAGCUGAGCAGAUUUAGAUUUGAAAACGUUCCUUUGUUGAGAACGGAUCGGAUCGUUUGCUGGGAAUCCUGGGAUAACCCUGGAGCGGAUGCAGAAGCGCCGCUCCUCUUCGGGGGCGGGGGGACGCACAGGGAGCCGCCCUCCCCUCCUCCCGCCCUGGAGGAAAGCCGAGACGACGGCCAGGGUAGGCCCGGUCUGGGCCGGACGCUCCGGUUACCGCCGGCUGCAGGCUGUCGGGCAGCUGAGAGGCGACGAGCCGCUUUCUGGAGGGAAACCGAACACCGGCCGCCACCGGUGUCACACAGACUUCCGCUGCUGCUGCGUUAGACCGGGUUCAGACAGCCGGGUUUCCCACCCAGACUCUCCGAUUCAUCCGACACUCUGAGACGUUGUUAAACUUUACAUUUCCACUCAGACUCAGUGUUUCACCAACGUUACCAACAAGUACUUUGUGUCAUAACCUCCUGCUGGAUCCUACGGCAGCGUGUUACUGCUAUUGUAGAUUUAAAAGAAAAGGAGCAGGAACUUUCCCCCCUAAUUUUUGGAUCAAAUCUUAGAAAUUUUCUAGAAAAAAGUUGGAGAUUUCUGAGUUUGAGUUGAAAUUUUUCGACUUCUGAAACUCAGAAAAUUUCCAAAAAUUGAAAAAUUUGGAUGUUUGAAAGUCAGAAAUGUCAAACAUUUUCUAGAAGAGUUUUUCUAACAAAUUCUUGACCUUUCAAGCUCAGAAAGUUUAGUUUUUUGUUUUGAAUAUUCGACUUUUGGAGUCUAGAAAUGUUCUCAUUGUUUUUCUGAGAAUAAAAUAAAAAAAUUUUUUGUUAUCUUUUUACAAAUUGUUGACAUUUCAGGCUCGGAUAUUUGUGGGUUUAUUGUUUCAAACUAGACUCUUUUUCUUGUCUUGACUUUUGGAGCUCAGAAAUUUCUAUUUUUUUAUGGAAAGUUUCUGAUUAAUCUCAAAACUGCUGAGUUUUGGGUCUCAAAUUUCCAACUUUUAGAGAUCAUAAAUUUCCUGUUUUUUUAUUUAUUUCUGCUUUCUGAGAUUCUGAGAUUAAUCCAAUUUUUUUGUUUGUUUGUUUUUUCCCACAAAUUUGUAACAUUUCAGGCUCAAGCAUUUUUGGUGUAAAUAUUUCCCUUUUGCAUUUUCUAUCUGCAAUGGUGCUAAUACGCCGUUGUUGGAUCCAAACUCACAGGAGGCAUCUUAUUGCCAAGUAUGAAAACUAUCAGAAGAAUGUAAGAUGCAGGUUUUUACACUGAUGGGAGAAUAUUUUGCAUGUCGGGUUCAUUUCGAAUCGCGUGUUUUUUGGCUCUUUGUUGUUCCCAUAGAUCGACCAGAAUUCCCUUUGGUGUCAUUUUGGAAAUCCUGCUGAGAACAUGCUGCUGGUUGCAGGAGUUUCCCUGUUAAUCUGUUCAUUGUUGCCUGAUUGCUUCUGACUUUAGUAAGAAAAGAAAGUCAGUGGAGACGUACCAUCGGCUUCACAGGGGGGAUAAACGUGACGGCGCCGUUCCAGAAGGAAAAGUAAAGAUGAGAACAGAGGAGGUUUUUGUUUGGCCAGUUUUCUCGUUUCCUUUUCUUUUGCUUCGACUGAAAUCUUUACAUGCCAGGUUGCAAGUGUUUUCACGAAAAAUGCUCAAAUCUCACCUUCAACUCCAGUGUGUCUAAUUCUCCUAAAACCUUGUUUUGUUCUGGUUCUGAUCCGUGUUUGGGCUCUUAUUGAAUCCUUGCUGAGCCUUCUCCCUCUGCAUGCGUUGGUUCUCUCUGAGUUUUAGCUUAAUUGGACUCUAAAUGGCCUUCUGGUGUGAAUGUGUGCAUGGUGGUUUAUUCUGGGUUGCCAUGGUGACCUCGCCUCUCGUCUACUGACUAUGUAGGAAGGCGUAGAAAAUGCAAAAUGAUCUCCGUAUUGAAACAAACUGGUACAGAUUGCUUAUAAGAGUCAUACAGCCACAUUUCCAAUCAGUAGAAUAUUAACAGAAUAUUGAAAAAUAGCACACAUUUUGAGUUUAAUAUUAGACUUAUAUAUAUACACACACAUAUAUAUUAUUUCUACAGAGAGGAAGUUGACAAGACAAACGUUUAGAAAUGGGUCGAACCCGGAAAGUGGGGGGAUUAAUAAGUAUUUAGCACGGUCACAUUCUGUUUUUCAGUAAAUAUAUUUCAAAUGCGGCUGCAGACAUGAAACUACCAACCCAGGUAAAUCCACACACAGAGAAAUUCACAGAAAUUCCUCUGUAAGUUAGGGUUUGUGGAGUGGUGUGUGUUUGGAAAGGAUAACCUAGAGUUUACUGUUUGAAUGUGUCAUACAGCAUGACGAUGAUGAUGAUGAUGAUGAUGAUGAUGGUGUUGUGCACUGAUGGGACUGUGCAUGUUUGGGUCUUUGGAUUUUCUCCAGUAACAGAAAAACAACAUUGUCGGUUUUCAUUUUAAAAUAUGAAUUUAAAGUAUAACUGUUUUUGUUUUUUGUGGUUAAACGGAAAAGAAGAAAUCUUCUUCUGUUUGAACUUCUUACCUCACUUUGAACUGCUUCACCCCAUGAUGUCAUUGCCCAUAUAUGGUAAAGGUGUUGUCCAAAUUUGGGUCACAAUGUAAUAAAAAAAUAUAUAUAGCUAUAUAUCUAUUUUACAUGUUCUUAUAUUUGUUUUAUGAUUAAAAUUGUUUAAAAUUUAAUUUUAAAGAUUAAAUCGAAGCAGAUGUUGGUUUCUUUUCACAAUGUUUGACCACAUAAAGAAAAACUGCUUGUAUUUUUAACCAGAAAAAUACAGAUUUUCAUUUCAGCUCUUUAAAUGAGGAAACCCAGUUUACAAAAGACCUACUUUUGUUGUUUUACUAAGUUGAAGGCAAAAGAAGUAAGGAAAGAUUGAUUCAUAUGAUCAUGGAAAUGAGGUUGACACUUGAAUUCCCCAGAUUCUUUAAUUUAGUUUCAAAUUUUUCUGUGAGAAAAAGUUUUUGUUUCUUUCACAGUUUUCUGAGUUCACGCUGGCCUGCUGGUAAUUAACUGGAGGUGUGUUUAAAUACCUAACGCUGAUGGGAAGUCAGGUUUUCAUGUUGGUGUUUGUGAGUCGUUUGAUUUGCACGGCUGGAGUUUCUGUUUAAAAUGUGUGGUUUUAGGGAAACGUGAUUCUUUGUGGGAGUUUUUAAUUGUGAUGUGUGCGACAUGUCGUCUUCAGUAACUCCAAAUACGGAUGAGAUUGACAGAUUUUCAAAAUGCAGUUUGUCUGUUUGGAAAUAAUUGCUUCUUAACUUAUUUCAUGUGUGCUUUCGGUUUCUUUUGUGGAUCUCGACACUUUAAUUCAGGUUUGGUUUCUUGAGGUAAUGAUGCUGUUUCUAUAUCUGUACUGUGUUUUGAUGCUUUUACUUCUCCUGAAUAAAUAAAUCUGAAUAAUGACAA